CUCCGUGGUGGGUGAAUCUCCUCCCGAGGAGGGCACGUCCAGGAAUGUGAGGAGCCACCGGGUCGUCUCGUCCCGUUCCCGUAGCAGAGGCUGGGCCACAGGCAGAACAGCCCCCCUCCCCACGGCCGGCUCCUCGUCCUCGAGCUGCUCGAACCUGACUGUCAAGGCUGUCGUGUUAUGACGACCCCCAAUAAAGGAAACAAGGCCUUGAAGGUGAAGCGGGAGCCAGGCGAGAAUGGGACCAGCUUGACAGAUGAGGAGCUGGUGACCAUGUCCGUGCGGGAGCUGAACCAGCAUCUACGGGGCCUGUCGAAGGAGGAGAUCAUCCAGCUGAAGCAGCGUCGGCGCACACUGAAGAACCGGGGCUACGCAGCCAGCUGCAGAGUCAAGCGUGUUACCCAGAAGGAGGAACUGGAGAAGCAGAAGGCAGAGCUGCAGCAAGAAGUGGAGAAGCUGGCCUCUGAGAACGCCAGCAUGAAAAUGGAACUCGAUGCUCUCCGCUCCAAAUACGAGGCUCUCCAGAACUUCGCCAGAACCGUGGCCCGGAGCCCCGUGACCCCUGCGCGAGGGCCUCUCACCUCCAGUAUGGGGCCCCUCGUCCCUGGCAAGGUUGCUACUACCAGUGUCAUCACAAUAGUGAAAUCCAAAACGGACGCCCGGUCUUAGUGAAGCGAGUGCUGCCUGAGCUUGUCUGUGCAGGGCAAUUAGGCACAAAACCAGCCUGGAAUCCCCAAAGCACAAACCCUCUCCAAAUGGGUCCAGGUUCCUUCGACUUGGCCCAGGACUGGCCCGCUGAUAGCUCCAGUUUAUUUUGUUGUGUCCAGAUUGGUAUGAGCAGUGGUGACGCGUCCCUUGUCCUGUGCAGACAGAGCCUUCCACCCAGCCGUCUGUAGCCCUCGGGUGCCCUGGGGAUGGACUGUGAGAAUUUGGUUUUCUACCCAAAGAAAGUCUGUGCAGCAUGGCUGAUGGAAGGGCGGGGGGGGUGGCCCAAGGGAGGCUUUCUUCCUGGGGGCUGGGAACCCUAAUGUUGGUCACUUCCAAAGGCUUUAUUUAAUGACUAUUCUGGGUGGUGCAUCUCGGCACAUGAACCUGCUGCUUUUGUCUCCUUUGGUACCCGUAGUUGCAGUCGGGAUGUUCUGUGUCAUAGGUUUUUAUUCCUUUCUAGGUGUGCCUCUGUGCCCUAACCGUGGGUUUCCCUCAGAUGUCCGUGGCAUUAGCUGUGUAAACUGGCAGUGGUGGGAAGGAUGACACUGCCGUGCUCUGCGGCUGCAGCCCCAGCGCCAGGGCCCUGCAGGGCCCCGCACCCUGGGGAGGGAGGGAGGGACGGUACCGUGUGGACUGCAGGCCGGUUUUGUGCCUAAUGUGUUGCACUGAACAAGACCAAAAUCACUAGUUGUUCCCAUGUUUUGAGGGUAUCAAGUGUCUCUAGUGUGAUGGUUUACACAACCAGUUUAUGUGGUUAAAUAGCCCUUUAUUUAAAGAGAGAAACAUCAUUUUAAGAGUUAUUAAAUUAUCUAAGUUUAAAAUUGGACAGAAGAGAGAGCGUAUUUAUAGUCAGCUUUUUUUACCUGAGAAGGAGAGAAUAUUUGACCAUAUGAAUGGGGAAAUAUUCUCGGAGACUUUGCUAGUUAAAAGUUAAUAAAUAAAUAAUUUUAAAGUUUCUCAUGAACCUCCCGCAAACUGUUUGUGGCUCUGAGGUUAGUUUUUAUAAAGAGUUCUCAGACUUUAUUUAUAAAACUUAGAAAAAGACAAAAAAAGAGGCAAGUCCUGUUUGAUAUCUUUUUGCAAUUGUACCAAAAGUGACUUAUUCUUGACCUUGCUGGCUUCUGUCAUGUCCCCUCAUGUUGGGUGCUCUGCUCCCUGAGCUCUCUGCAGCACUGUGCUGGUGCCGGUGCCUUUGCCGUGUGCUGUCAUUUCACACUGUCGUUGUUUUCCCUAAACUCGACUGAGAGAUUGAGUUGGAAUCUCUCUGAAUUUUCCAGAAGAAUUCUGGUGCGCAGGCAAAGGUGCUGCUGGUUUUGAAAGCAAAACUGGCUGGCUGGUGCAGUGAUGCCUUCCCAGAUGUGUGCAGUGAGAGCAUGGGCAGCUCCUGCUGAGCAGCCGACGGCAGGUAACUUGGUUACCUGGAUAGGAAAACACUGCACUGUCCUUCCUGCACAAAGCUGGCAGAGAAGUAACAUGAGGGACACUUGUCUAGGUUUAGAAGACUGAUGAGAUUUAUCUCUGGAAUUAGAUCCUGUGGUCAGAACUUGUGUUGCUCUCAUGGCUCCCUUGAACAGGGGGGGCAGGUCUGCCCACUGGGCAGCACGGGACCAGCUGGUCCCUGGUGUCUGUGCAUUGCUGGCCAGUGAGCUGUGGCAGGGUCACUGUCCUUCCUGGGGCAGCUUCUACCUGGGGGUUGGGAGAGUGCUCAGACUCACAGCUGUGACAUGGUUGAGAAGCUGUUUGUGGUGAGGCUCCAUUUCCACAAACACUUUGACCUCCUUCUCCCCUUCCCAAAGAUUUGAGCUGAUUUACUGAGUUUUAGAGAAACAGGACAUGAGGGUGAAGCCCAUGUGAUCUCCUGGCUGCUGAGGGUCAUCUGAGGGGAGGGGAGAAACUGGGAUGGCACAACUGAAGCUGCAGUCUUGCGGGGAGGCACAGCCAUACUGGGUGGGUUUUGGGGAUGUUUCUCAUGUUGCUGAACUGAUACUGCUGUCCCCUGGGCUGAGGAGCAGAUCAGCCUAAGAAAAGCUGCAGUGUGGCAAGAGGAGCAGGUAGUUGCUGGGGAUUUCCUGCUGGAGGAGGAGAUCAGCUUUGCUCUGAAUGAGUGGGAGUUUAGGGAGUUGUUUGGGAUUCUUUUCCCAGUGAACUUCCCGAAUGGGGAGCAGGUUAGAACAUUGCCUCCAGACUUCCCCCUUCCAGCCCUGGACUUUCUUUUCUCUGAGCUGAAGUAUCUGACAUGCCACUUCCAGCUGCACCACAUGGGCCAUGCAUUGUGCAGUGCUCAGCAUGGAGCUUUGGGCUCUGGCCUUUGUCUUCCAGCUGGUGGUGUGGUGCCUGGAAGAAGUGAGAUUUUCCAAAACAUAGUUUUGGAAAAAAAUAGUCCUGGGUUGUCAGUCCCAACCCUGUCCCGCCUGGACCUGGCCUGAGACUGAAUUGGCCAGAGCGCUUCAGAACCCAGCUGAGGCCUGAGCUGGCUGGGCCGGGUGAGCGGCAAAGGUGUGUGUGGGGCUGGUUCAGAGCUGAGCUCCUCAGCUGGAGCCUCUGGUUUGAGGAGGGCCCCAUUGACACAGCAGGUGACGAUGGGCAGCCCUAGGCCAUGGAGGGCUUGCUCCCUUUGUGCUCUGUGGCAGGGAGCGUGUCUGGUCCUUCCCUGCGGUGCUGCUCUGCUGUGAGGCAGGAUAGGGCUGGCAGCAGCACUGACUGCACCAGAUGUUAAUGCUCUUGUUCCUCCUGCCUGCACUGUCCUUGCUUGCUUGGAGCCCCAGCCUGCUCCAAGUGGGCCUGUGUGUUCGAUGAGGACUUGCCAUGUGGGGAGGAGCGGGUGAAGGCCAUGGCUGAAGGGUGUGGAUGUGGUAAACAAGCUCUGUGGUGCUGGGCUGGAUGUCAGCGAGUCCGCGGUCCCAUCCGAGUGCUGCUUCCCUAUGGUUUCGCUUUUGAUCUCAG